AUGUACGACAUCACGAUUCAGCUGAAUCCCGUGUCGCGCGAGAUCGUCGACAGCACUUGCAACUGCCGCUACGGCGCCCGCGGCGACUGUAAACACGCCGCCGCGGUCGCCUUGUUCGUCAGCGAGGAUGAAGUUGCGACGUGCACGAGUCUUCCUCAAGCUUGGGGAAAGCCGUUGGGAAAGCCAACACUGAAGGACAAGGCUCCCAUCAGUGAACUUUUUGGAGAAGACCGGGUGUUUGCUGGAGGGAGGCCACCAGCUCGUUUCCCGCCAGCUUAUAUUAUAAGCCACUUCGACGGCAUAAACUCACCGUUCACAAAUGUGCUAAAACAGAUGAACAGGUGCCAAGUGGACCUGGAGUGCGAGAGAUUACUUCAGGACAUGGUGGGUGCAGCCGUUGGGAUAGUGGAGGAACUGACCGUGCUGGAGCUUCUCCCAAGUGCAGAGAUGCCAGCGUACCAUACCCUAGAGCCCCCUGAGCUUGUGUAUGGCCACACUGCAGCAGUCGAAGUGUGCUAGGUAAGGUCUUUUAGUGUCUUCAAUGAUUUUUUUUCUUUGCUAUAGCAGGCAUAAGGCAACUCAAUUGUUAUUUACACUCCAAGCCAUAAGAAGCCUGCAACAAAUCCUUAUCUUUUGCAAUUCUAAUAAAAAUGCAUUUCACACCUCUACAGGUGGUACAAGGAGCGGAAAGUGCGAAUCACGAGCUCCAUGGCGCACACCAUUUUGAGAUCCAGGAAGACCCCCGAGGACCUCUCCAAGAGCCUGCUUGGUGCAAAAUGGUUUUCAUGUGAUGCU